AUGGUCGUAAUAACUGAUAUAUUUAUAAAAGGUUCAGAAAGAUUAGAAAUGGCAGCAUUAUAUGAUCCAGCUAAAUGUCCAAAUCAUUGUGGCCGUCAGUAUAAGGGAAAAAGUAGAAAAUCAAAUUUAAAAGUCCAUCUUAAGUAUGAAUGUGGUGUACCACGUCAAUUUAGAUGUGAAUAUUGCCAAAGGACCUUUGUUCAUAAGGCACAUUUAAAGGGGCAUUUAGGACUUGUUCAUGGAAUUAUUCAAUAAAAAUCAACAGUUGAAGUUAUCAUAGUUUGUAAUUUGUGUUAAUGAUGUAAUAUUUAAUGCAUUUCAAAUAGUGUUGUGAAAUUUUUGUUGUUAUCAUUUAUAAAAAUAGUUUAUUAUUUGAAAUACUCAAUUUAUUU